ACAGAUUGUAAGAAAGAAAGAAGAAAAUAAACUCAACAAAGAUUAUCUGUCUGUGGUUCUCCAGUUUCUGAAACAUGAAAUGAAACGGUUUCUUCGAUAAAUACAAAAAUUUUAACUUGAAGUUUAUACAAUAAUAACAGUGUUAAAACAUGAAUACCUCAAGUUUUGCUGUAGACUCUUCACGAGGAAAAACAGGAGAUACAGCUAAGACAUUUAUUCUUCCUGACAAAUGUUUUCAAAAACAUGUUGGCUGUGCGUGGGGUCGAGGAAACAAGUUCACAAUAUAUCCUCGAAGCCAAACUGUGAACAAGACGCCUACAGAUGCUGCAGACAGCAAAUUGAUGAAUAUAAAACAAGACAUUCUGUUGUUCACACCAAUCCUUAGGAAACUUGUAAAUGAAUCUAAUGGAACAUACCUAUCCCUUCAAAAAGCUGCCGAGGCUGCUAAAGUUUCCGACAACCAAGUGGAAUUCCUCAAAUUAUCUCGGCAGUUCCGAUCAAUCAUUAGAGUGUGCUUAGAAAACCUCCAAGAGGCUGCUACAAAGGCUGAAGGCAUUGAAAAGAACAAUUUACUAUCCUACAUCACCAUCUUCUACUCCAUUGAAUGUAUAUGGCAUUUGUGUGAGAUUCUGUACAUAGACAAUAUACCCGGAGACAUAGUGUUGCCAUAUUUGCUAGAGUGGGUUCGGUUUCAUUUCCCUUGUCAUGAGCAGACUGCUGCACAGUUGCUGGGGGCUUGUGAAAGAGGAUCCGAGGAGCAUGAGGACUACUGGGACACCGUUGUGGGUAUGGUGGUGCAGGGCAGGGUGGAUGUGGCUAGGGCACUGCUCAAACUACACUCAGCUGGAGAGAGCAAUGAGUUCAAGUUGGUUGAUAACUCUCUGAGGAGUAUGCCGGUAUACAGUGUGUAUGGAGGUAUAUCGACUGGGGAGUUCACAAUAUCCUGGAAGCACUGGCAAGCUGAGUGCCGGUCCAAACUUGGCAGUAGAGUACUGGCCUCACAACCCAAACUAGAACUUAUCAUGAAGAUAAUAAUAGGCGACUAUUCAGCAUUCGAAUCGAUAAGGAGCAAGUAUUCAUCAUGGUUUGACAUCCUGGGUGGGUGGGUGAUGUUCACGGCGCCGUGGUCGCGCCGCCACGAGCUGGGGGCCGCGGCCGCCGCCUGCGCCGGCAUGCAGCCCGCCGGACGCUCACACCUCGACGACAUGGUGCGGGCGCUGCUAGAAGGCGAUCUGCAUCAGGUGAUCCAUGAAAUCCAACAGAUAUCAGAUAAUGGCUGGUUUGCGACACAUCUCACUGACAUACUCUUCCACUGUGGCAAACUCACCAUCAUGGAUAAACACCAGACUAACGUAACUUCACGCCUCCGAGACAGUCUCAUCUUAGAGUAUGGUUGUCUCCUCAUGGAACACAAGUCCCUCUGGUCUGUCGGCCUCUCCUACCUCGCCUCCUGUCCCCCAGAAGGGCUGAGAAGAGCAGAGCUCAUUCUAGAGAGAAUGCCAGUGGAUACAGAAGCUAAAGCUAUGAAGAUCAUUGCUGAAGCUAAGAAGUAUGAACUCAUUGGUGUUGCGCAGUCAGUAUGUCGGUGCAUGUGCGCGCGGCACCUGUCGGCGGGGCGCGCGGGCGGCGCGCUGUGCUGGGCCAUGCGCGGCCGCAGCAGCGCCGCCACGGCCCGCGCCGCGCACGCCGCGCUCGCGCACUACACGCAGCACGCCGUGCUGCCCGCGCAGGACCUCCUGCUCACUGCCGGCUCCGCUAUGCUACUGUCUGAUGCACUACUAUUCUUAGGUAAAUACUGUGAUUUCCACAGACUGUACAAAACUAAAGAAUUCAAGAAAGCUGCUCAGUUACUAGUCUCUUUGAUUACAUCGAAAAUUGCACCAGAAUACUUCUGGGAAACACUACUCUUAGAUACUCUGCCACUUCUAGAAUCUGACGAGCCAGUGUUUACUUCAAAUGACACAUAUGAAAUCAUGUUGUGCCUAGAGCUUCGUUCCUCCAGCUUGGAUGGAGAGAAGGCUGACCUCCUCCGCCUGGCAUUAGCUCGCAACCUCGCCAGGACAGCUCUGGCAGAGGGAGAUGGCACGGAAGAAAAGGGUCAAUGAUUGUUCAGGAGAAACAUGCCAUGGAAUUCUGUAUUCAGCCACAAAGACAAUCAAAUAGUGUGGGAUGCGAUCAAGAUGGACUAAAUGUUGUGAUGGUGUAGUGAACAGCCUGAAGUACUUGAUAAAUGAAGCAAUAACAUCUUAAUGUGAGUUUCACAAUGUCUGAAAGUGCUUUUAUUAAUAUUGUAUGGAAAAUUAUUCCAAACUUAUUGUCAAUGGUGAUAUCUGUUGUUAUUUUUAUGUAAUAAAAAGUUAGUUUCUAAGUAAAAACAAUAAUGUAAGGAGUCCUGUUUACUCUCUAAAAAUACCUCUUAUAAAUUUUUGUGAACAUAUGUUAAGGAGUAACCAAUUUACAGAGUUUUUGAAAUGUUUUAUGUCAGAGGUUAUUGUCUGCCAGAGUAAGCAGGGUAAACGUCACUAACUUAAUGAGUCAUUCUGGAAUAGUCUAGUUAACAUUCCCAUUUUUAUACUGAUUCUAAUGUAAGGAAUAUUCAGAAGUAAUCACUGCCAUAUAACGUAACUGUAUUAGGAGCUAUUCUGUAACUUCAUUUUCAGUGUCACUUCCUAGUUAUUUUGUUUCUGUAUCAUUAUUUUAAAAUGAUUGAAAAUAGCAAAUGGAAGAAUAGAAUGUUUGCCAAUAAGACUAAUUGUUGUCAAAAUGUCUAACAAUUAUACUACCACAAAGAUGGGUGAUGGGUGAUAGUCGACAAAAUUCAACCGGAAGAAAAAAAUACAUGAUGGUAAAAUACCCAACUUCUUUGAUAAGGGAAAUACUUGGAUUAGAUUUUACAUGUUAAAAUGUCAAUGGGAGAUUACCAAUAACUACUAAAUUAUAACCAAAAAUGUUAUUUAGUUUCGGUAUUUAUUUGGCUGUCAGUAUAUUGUUGAAUUGUACAUAAUCAUUACAUUAAAUUAACUAAGUAUUUACAAGUGUGGAUCACUUGUCCGUAAUCAAAUAGAAGAGUAAGCAUGUGUGCUAACAUUUUUUGUAAUAAUUCUAAUUAAUAAAAACUAUUUUUACAAAUGU